AUGGAUGAAGCAGAAGACACUCCUCUGUUGCCCUUUGCAAAGCAGUCCAAGAUGGUCAAGCGGUCCAUCCCAGAGGCAGAGGAUCCUCAUGCUGACUUCUCCAAGAGAGAGUUUUGGGAUUGGCUCAGCCAGCACCCCAGCUCUCCUUGGAUGGAAGAAUACCAGGAGGCGCCCUCCCUGCUGACCUCCGGUCGCAGGGCACAAAGGCCCAGCAGUGGUGACCAGGCUGAGGCCGGACCCCUCUCCUGGGAGGUGGUCCCAGCCCUCCAGAAGCUCCCGUCCCCCAAGGAGCUCUUCUGGAAGAAGAAAGGGGGGCGGAAGCGGAAGAGCUUGGAGAAUGCCCGGGCCCUGUCGGUGUUUUGCCACCUGGAGGAGCUGAAGAGGAGGCAGAGCAGCAUCGAUGAGCUGAAGAAGGCCACAUGGGGAGUGUGUCUGCCCAAGGCCUUGGGUGAAGGGGAAGAGGCGCCCCACCCCCUCGCAAAAGCCGUGCCCCAUGAAAGCCCACUCCGACCAUUCAGCAUGCCAAUGUCCACUCACUUCUACGAAGAGCGCUCGUUGGGGGACCGAUACUGCCAUGCUCAGCUCCUGUAUCCCGAGUGGAACCCCUCUGCCAGGGAGCAGCUGGAGAUCUCUCGGGAGAGCCCUGUGGUCUCCUACACUGUGGCCACCCAUCAGAGAGGCCCACGGGCCACAGUGAGGGCAGCAGCAUGCCAGCUGGAAGAGGAGGAGGAGGACUUUUGGGGGUUCCAACUACAGUCUGAGGAAUGAUGGGCCCUUGCCACAUGGAGGACGGAGAGGGAAAGGUGCACUUGCUCCACGCAUGAAGGUGCACAAAGAAGA